GCACAGAGGGUCGUACGACUUUCCCACCCAAAAGCUUUUGCUGCUGCUGGAGUUGGUAGCGGCUGUUGACUACUCACCAACAAUAAACGAGUGGAGUGGAACAGUUCGUUGUAGUCGUUAGUGCUCGUGGUUCGUGUUGUUGGUAUCGUGUUAUUCGUUGUGUUAUUUAUUAUUUUUGUUUUAAUUAUUUUUCGCUUUUGGGCUCGAUGCAAAUACACCCUUGAGGCAAAACCAGACAAGGAAUGAACAACUAAACCGUCUCACCAUGGAAGCUGAAUCGCCUUCUCUCCAUUCAACCAUUGCAACUCACACCGAAACCAUCACCGAAGACGAUCCAUUCAACAGAAGACUGAACACCAGUGACGAAGCCGACAGUUCCAUUACCGGCUUCAACAGUAUCAUAAACAUCACCGUCAUCGAACAACCGGUGGUAGUUUGUGAAGGCAGUGACAGUGGUGUCGAAGUUGUCGAAACAAACGAUUUAUACCAACGUGCUUUAAGUUCAAACAGUGGCAAUUCGCACGAUUUUGACGCUUUGAGAUCGUGCGAUUCUUCAAUUAUCAGCUGUUGCUCCAACUAUGAAGAUGCCUAUAAUCUCCUAGUGAGAAGAAAUUCAACCCUGAUCGAAGACUACACCAGGAAUGGAGACGUGACGAGCGAAAACGGUAGCGAGAGUUCCUCAGUGACUGGAAGCUCAUCCUCUAGAAAUUCAAAACGGACGAAUCUUGUCACCAAGAAGAAAGUUAAUCUGCAGGAAAACAAGACGAAGGAGAGGUCCAGAUCGAAGCCUCCGGUUCCAAAACGAACUGAAAACCCAAUCCGAGUUAAAUCAAUAGACAGACUUCAAGGGAAAACCACCAAGAAGUUGCUUCCUCUAGACUUGUCCAAGAAAGACUCAAAGAGGCCUUCCUCGGGCCGUAAAACCCCAAGUGUGACUCCGACAGACGACGGUAGAUGGCCUUCUAUUAACAGUAAACCGGCCCCUCUUAUGGCCAGGUCUCUACGAGGCAGUAUGGAAACCCCCAAAACCAAACAAGAAGCCAAAACAAUCGAAAAAUAUGCCACUCUUCCUCGACGAAGAAAAGAAAAAUCAAACGAAGAAGUCAAAAAGACAAAUCGUGACGAAAUCACUCGAUUGACAACUCCAAAAAGUAAGACAGCGUCUCGUGAAGUAACACCGUCCAAAAAUUUUCUAGUAAAAAAGAAGCAGAAAGUCAAAAUCUAUCAUGAAACGGCCAUACAAACUGCCCUGACUAUGACUGAUGUCACAAAGGCUUUAGCUGGCCUAAAUGUGAGUCCUAUGAGUCCCAAAGACGCGGAAAAGUGUGAUAAGAGUGAACAGGCCGAUUUGAGUGUCAAAGAAAUCGAGUUGCUUGGAGCGCAACUCAAAGAUUUGAAAGACAAAUAUGAGGCCCAAGGGAAAGAGUAUAAAUCACAAAGUGAGAAACUUUUACAAACUGAGGGUAAAUUAAGAGAGGAGAUUGUGGAGAAAGAGGGCUUGAAGGUGGAAUUGAAGACGAACCAGGAGCGCAUUUUGUCGAUUCUCGGUGAAAACAAUCCCAGUGAUGAUGAUGCAAAUGUUUCUAGUGAUAGCCUUUUGGUACUAGAAUCUCGUUUCCAAAACGUCAGCCAGGUUGUGAUCCGCCAAGAAGAAGAAAUCUCCAAACUCAACUCCUACUGCAGAUCCCUCCAAAUCGACCUCGAGAAAAGUCUAGCCUCGCAGAAAAUCCUUGUCCAACAGCAACAAGAAUUGGAAGCCGAAAGUAUAGAACUGCAAGAGUUCUUGCAAGCCGAAAAGUCCACCCUUUCCGAUGCACUAAAAGACGCAGAAAACGAGAUUGCAAAGCACCAACAAAUGCUGGAAAAGAAAGACAAAGAAUUGAAAGAGAAAACAGAAGAGUGUAAACGAGUGACGAAACUGAGCGAACAGAGAUGGCAAGAGAAUUUGAGUUUACAGGCACGCAUGGGGGCCCUUGAGGCCAAAAGCAGGGACUUGUUAGUGCAUCAAGGCAGUUCGGUGUCAGGGACUGCGGUGGCGUUAUCAGCGUUGAUUGGGCGCUUAGAGGGGCUUGUGGAUGAACUCGUAACUUCUUACAGUAUUUCAGAUCAGGAACUGGAGGAUGUCAUUUUUCAUAAUGAGGCUUACAGUAACAGUAGCAGCAGUCCGGAUGCAACCCCCGAGAAAAGUCGGAAAUUUUUAGGGGAGAAAACUCCCUCUCCUAAAAAAGGUUCCUCAUUCGUUUCUGCUGUCAUAAAUGCCAUUAAAAAUGCCGCAGCUCAGAGUCCUUUUGCUGGUCAUAAGGACAUAAGCAAGGAUAAUUUAUGUACAGAAAAUUCGAGUUCUGAAUUAUUGGACUCUGAGACUGAGCCUUCGUUGAUGAUGGAACAUGUGCUGGAAGACGUGGUGAUUCCUGACGGUCAUACCCAUAAUAUGAUUUCGUCAUGUCACAGUAUUUUAAGCUCGCAAAGCGACAGUUUUGUUGACAUGUCUAGAAGUAAUUAUUCGACCGAAAUGCCUUUAUGUGAAAUUUUUCCCUCGUUUUCUUUGGUUGACCAAGUUAUAGAUGUUGAUAAUUUGGUUACACGACUAUUGAAAGUCAUAAGAAUAAUCCAAUUAGAAAAUGAAGACUGCACAAAUGAAUUACAAGAACAGAGAGACAGACUUUCUGAACAAGUCGAUAAACAAAAAGAAACGAACAAACUGGUGAGCAAGCAAUUGAAAGACUGGGAAAUACUUGGGGCUAGAUUGAAGACUGAAGUUAAAGAAUUGAUGCAUCAGAUGAGUAAGAAAAAUAACGAAAUAGACAGUAUUAAGUGUGAACUUAAUAAACAAAGAGAGGAAGUCGAAAAAUUGAACCAAGAUGUAUGCGAAUUAUCCACAGCACUGGCUAAAGCCGAGCUUGAGAUGAAGAUGAAAGACGAAGAAAUAUCUGAGGCGAUCAAAAACUGGGAAGAAAACAACGAAAUACCGACUCCUGAAAUAAUUGCACGACUAAACGCGGCUCAAAUUGAAGUUCCUCUUUUAAAAGAAAAAUUAUCACAAAAAGAACGACAUUUGAGUGAACUAACUCAAGAAUUCCUCGCAAGUAGACAAGUCCUAAGUGAAAGCCUGAAAGAAGCGGUAAAUGAGGCUAAAAAACAGUACCAAGCUAUUGAUAAUGCUUUAGAAGUUCUCCACAAUAAUCAAAACGUAGUACAACAGUGUACACCCUUAGCCGAGCUGCAAAGAGAAUUGGAAAAUACGAAUUUUCAAAGUGCGUCAGCAAUGCCGUUAAUUGCACCAGCUGAUUGUAAUGCAAAUGCGGCUCUUUUGCAAGCAAUUGCUAAUUUACAGAUCAACACCACUCUGAGCGACCAGCGUUCCGUUGAAUAUCCCGUCAUGAGUGGGGAGCUGAUAGUCAUGGCGUACCCGUUCCAGGCAGUUGGUGAAAAUCGCCUUGAAAAGAUCGAGAUCCUGUUUAAGAGUGCAGUUUUAAGGAGGAUCACGAUGGCGGACUCGAGAAUGGCUAAUUUCAUUACGUGCUGCAGACUGUGCUUGUCGGACAGUUUAGACGAUCUAAAGUCGGUUUUUGAUGAAAGUGUAGACGAUCGAGGGUUACAACAGAAGAUUUCGGCUUGUUUAGGACUAGAGAUAACGGCUGAUGAUAAACUCUCUACCAUGGUCUGCAUUCAGUGUAUCGAAAAGAUCAACAGUUGGCAGUCCUUCAAAGUCACAUGUUUCGAGAAUCAAACCAAACUAGAACAAUGGAUGAACGCGUCCAAUACCGAAUUAUCUCUCUCAGAUAUGAAUAUUCAAAUCAAAGAAGAACCAAUCGAUAAUGAUAUCCUCACACCGGAAGUCGUCAUGAAUGGCGAAAACUCCGUCAAAAACGAACCUCUCGAAGAAGAGUACAACGAACUACCACCACCUCUAACCCCCCAAGCUGACGAGAUGAUAGACAUUGAACUCGUCAGCAACUCUCCAACUUCUCAAAUCACCAGUAAUGAUGAGCCAGGUAACACUUACGAUCCAAAAAAAUGUAGCUUUUGCGGCAAAUUAUUCAGCUCGUCGGGAAAUCGCAAAAAACACGAGAGGAAGAUGCAUGGGCCUAAAAAAACACAUUCGGUUGCACAACCUGACAACGGUUCGUUGAGUCAAGAUGAGAGGUCGCAAAGUUCCAUUGAUUCCCAACCUCAGAUUGAAUCAACGUCGAAGGAACCAACAAGUGAAGAGAAAAAGAUUUUGUUUGCUGCAGGUUUAAAAUUGUUGCAGCGAAAUUCCACUCCUCCUAUAUCAUUCGAAAAUUUGUCUAAAAUUGAAAAUAGUUACAUAGAGAAAUGCAAGGCUAUGGUCACAAUGCACAGCACCCUCAAAUGUGCAUGUCACAAUGUCACUCAUCCGAAUUUGAAAGGAUUGUUAUCCCAUUUACGUUCUUUACGUAUUUGGUUUCCUGUUUUCACUUGUUAUCACUGUAUGAUUACUUUUACGGACAGAUCAACCGGUACAAGGCAUUAUCUCAGAUGUCCAAAGUCGAAUUUAGAAACUCUGAUCAAAUUAUCAAACUUGAAGAAGCGAAGCGAAGUUAAGACCCGACUUUAUCAAAAUUACAAAUGUACGAUAUGUCGGUUCAUGUACACAUUUCAUGAAGAUUUCUGUACUCACGUUGAUGAAGACCACAGUCACAUUAACUUACCUUAUACUUGCUCCUGUGGGAGAGUUUUCACCUCAUUGGAGGAUUAUAAAGAUCAUGCUUAUAUCAGCUGUUUGGUUGAAUUCUACUGUGAUAUUUGUUUUGUUACUCUCAAGACUCUGGAUGCGUUCCAAAAACAUGCAUCUGAGGUUCAUGAUAAUUCGGAAGGUUUUGCUUUACUUCAGGAAGAUAAUUAUAAAAAGAGGAAAAAUGUUCCGGGAGUUGUUGCAAAAACAAGACAAAGCGUUAAAAGAGAACAUGCAGAUGAAAGCAACAUAAUUUCGGGUAAGAGAAGAGCGUCCUACAAACCUCCAAUUAUAGAACCUGAAGACGAGGAGGAUACUAAAGUACUGAACCCCUUAUUUAAACACAAGUUAUUAGGGACAGUCUGUCCUAUUUGUAAUAAAGAAUACUCGACUAACAAUAAUAUGUGGAGACACUACAAGACUCACGUUCAGGAUAAAAAAGAAGACAAAAAAGAAGAGGAGUUUGAUGAUUCGAUUUAUUGUUGCCCUGAUUGUGGUGGUAUGUUCAGUACUGCCGAAUGGGAAAAACACAAAGGGAUGCAUAAGAAGAAAACUUGUAAAGAGUGUGGGAAAAUUUUCCAAUUCCAGUCGGAGUUAGACCAACACAGGAGUGUCCACCUUAAUUUGAAACUCUACAGAGAUUCGAAAACGCAAAAUUACAAGAGUACGAUGGCCAGUCCCAAUAGCGAGCUCAAUAAUAUUGUUAUGAUGUGUGAAAUUUGUGAGAGGAUGUUUACAUCGAAGGAACAAUUGAAAGAACACAAACUGACUCACGAGACUAUGCCAGUGUUGGAAUCGAACGAACCCACAAAUGGCGAGGAGAAUAAAACGACGAAGAAAUACUGUUGUAAAAUCUGUAAUAAACAAUAUGCAGGUUAUGGGGGUCUGUGGGAUCACAAUAGGAAAAAACACCCCGAGAAUAAGUCGCCCCAAAGUAACGAUUUUCCAAAGAAAUGUGAAUAUUGCGAUAAGAUUUUCUAUACCGGUGGUUCGUAUUUCAUGCACAAACAAAUGCAUGAGCGACACAAUCAAAAGAAGGCAUUGGAAGCGCCUCAGCUUCAACCGUCAACCAAUGAGGAGGAGCCGAACGAAGAGGAUCCUGAAGAGUCGUACCAUACGUGCAAACGUUGUUUUAAGGUUUUCUCAAAUCGAUACAAUCUUAAAAACCACAUGAAAUGUCACGGGAUCAAUGCCAACGCUAGUGGUAAAAGUCCCAAAAAAGGAGCAAAGAAAGUCUGGUGUGACAUUUGUCACUGUGCUUUUGAAAACACGAUGAGUUUGGAGAGGCACAAAUCCGAGGAUCAUGCCGAUGAUGGAAUGCCUACGCUCUCAGACGAGCAAAGUGAAGUCGAUUUAAAGGCCCCCUUCGUCUUCACAUGUGAUGUUUGUGUCCAGACUUUCACAACUAAGAUUGCUUUGAAGAAGCAUAAAGAGAAGCAUGCUCGUGAAGUACGACCGGUAAUGAAGAAUAAGCCAGUGGUGUAUUGCAAGUACUGUAAAAUAUCGUUUGCGAAUCCCUUCCAAUUGACCAAUCACAUGAAGGAGGAACACAUGGAGGAGUACAAGCCAUACCCGAAGAAAGAGAAGAUCAAACAAUUCGGGUGUAAGCUGUGUGGGAAAAAUUUCAGCUCGGCUGCUGCCUUGUAUGCCCAUCAAGGUUGGCAUAAACGCGGUAAAUUCGACAAUGAAGACAAACCGGAAUCGCCGGUACCUAAAAUUAAGGAGGAAUCAAAGUCGCAGACUCACUUCGAGUGUCGGACUUGCAACGCUGUUCUUCCCAAUGACACAGCUUUGCAAAUACAUAUUUUAGAGAAACAUCGUAAUGUGAAUGCGACGGUACUGCCCGCGAGGUGUACUAUGUGCAACUUAGAUUUUAGUUCACAAGAUGAGUAUGACCAGCAUAAGCGAUUCCAUGCGAUGGUUGAGAAACAGCCCAAGACGAAAACGUGGGCUUGUACUCAGUGUCCGGCCGGUUUCAGUCGGGCGGAUAUGUUAAAAAUGCAUGUUAGGCAAUUUCAUAAGGAAGUAAAAGAGUACCGGUGCCAUCACUGCGACCGAGUGUUUGAAAAAGGGAACUCGUUGAGUAUUCAUUUGAAGGUUCAUGAAAAACAGAAGUUGAUUUCGGGAGGGAAAGCAUCGCCGGUGCUGGUUAAUAAGUCACAAGGUGUACCACCGGUUAAACCAGCCGCGAAGGCUUUAUACUCUUGUUCGAUUUGUAAUAAAAGGUUUGAAUUGCCCAAAGAUCUGAGGAUGCAUACCAUUCAGGCGCAUCCGUUCUGACGUAUAUUGUAUAAGUAGGAUUUUUAAGUUUAUAUUCAUUUGUUGGUUUAAGAUAAAUGAUUAUUUUUGCACUGUUUUUUAACUUCAAGCUGUUAUUGGUAACGAAUUGUUUUUCAUUAUAAUGUGCCUAAGAACUGUAAAUAUAUUUUUUAGAUUAAGACAUGUAUUACAUUUUUACAAUAAAUAGGUAUAUCUGUUUACAA